AUAUUUAUUAAUUAGCAACCCUUUAUCACCUUUUGGAGAAUGCACUUUUCUAUCGAAAAAGACAACAAAAACGUACCUCGAAGCCCUCCAACUCGCCAAAAGACACACUCUGGACUCAAUAGUUUUGUUAGCACUUCGAGCAAAAGUAGUUACGCCAGCUCUGGGUCAGGUUAUCCUAAUGGAAUAAACCACAUCACAUCCUUUUCUUCCGGGUCCCACGACAGCAGCCCUUACACAUCAAAUAUACACGAUAUCAACAAUUUUCAAGAUGAUCAAUUCGAUAUUAUCGACAGCUUGGAUUAUGAUGAUGUAGACGACGGUUUGAUAGACCACGAACUAGUCCACCAAAAAAGAGAAGCAAUUAUCCAACAACUCUUCUUCUCUGAACAAGCCUACCUGGAAUCUCUCAACCUCAUCAAACGAGUCUUUCUUGAUCCACUUCGCAAGGACAGCAAGAAUUCAUCGUUUAGUUUUCUGGGAAUGAAGAAAAUGGUCUGCACAGAGAGAGAGACACGCUGGCUAUUUGGAAACUUUGACACAAUUUAUGAUACUCAUCAAAAGAUUCACACCAUUCUUCAACAAAGAAUGGAAAUAUGGGGACCAACCCAGAUAUUUUCUGAUGUAUUCAAGAGUUGGUUACCGUCUCUGGUGAAUUAUCACGCCUACCUUGACAAUUACGAUAUUGCUGUUACAACCUAUGAACGUCUCAUGAGAUAUCAACCAUUCAAGAAGUUUGUAGAGACAGCGCACAAAGAUCCAUCGCUCAAAGGUGCAACCUUGCUGUCUCUACUACAAAUCCCCGCGGGUUGUAUCAGUCGUUACGCACUACUAAUGACCAGACUAGCUGACAUGACUUCCCCGAUGCACCCUGACUAUGCCGGUCUAUUGUCUUGUAAGCGACAAAUUAUCGGUCUGGCAGAAGAAAUCAAAGUCAAAGUUCAAGAUGCUGAUAAUGUGGAUCAGGUCCUUAUGAUACACCAAGCGCUUGUCGGUGCUCCUUUUGGCGUAAAGGCUCAAAGAAGAUUGGUGCUUCAGGGUCAACUAUCACGCGUGACUAUGAAUUCAAAGAUGGCAGAAGAACGGACCUAUCUUUUGUUUUCAGAUCUAUUGGCCAUUGUGCGGCCAAAACAAGAAACCAAACGGACCGUCCUACAGUACAAGAAUCACAUCGUUCUCGAACAUGCCCAGGUCCGGAUACUUUUGCCAGAAGAAGCCGGUGGAAGAGAGCACUGCAUCGAAAUAAUAUCCUCUUUCCAAGGAAUAGAUACCCUCAACACAACCUACAUGGGCUCACCAACUGUAUAUGUACUCCAGACCAAUGGGCCAAUAGAACAGCAAGAAUGGUUUACAAAGAUACAGAUGAUUAUCAAUCGUCUUGAUGAGGAAACAAAAGCAAAAAAUCUUGCCGCAAGUAAAAGGCUAGCGCAAAGUAGAUCACCACCCCAUUCCGUUCGACGACUAGGAACGACAUCUUCAGAUGGGUCUUCCAGAGCUUCAAAAGGAAGUGGCGAAAGCACGAAUAGCGGUGGAGAGCGAUCAAGCCAAAGACGUUAA